UGACGAGUUUAACUCAAAAAUAAUUCAGAUUAUAAAUACAAAUAAAUUUAAAUGUAAUACUCAAGUCAGGUAGGUCGUUGUUUUAAAAAAACAAUAUGGCACAUUUUACAUUUACAUUUUUUAAAGCAGCCCUUAAGCCAAAGUGCUAUUCAAUGCAGAAUUAGGGCUGGCGUUAUGAAUUCACCAAACAACUUUAAUUAUUGAGGUUGAGACUCUGAAAUAUUAUUUUUCACACAAAUUUGCCUGACUAAGUGAAAUAGAAAUAUAUUUAAACGCUAGAAUAUUACAUAAAAUAUUAAAUAACUGAAAAAAACGAUGUUACUACUUCUAAAGAAAUAGCAGAACAAAUUCAAAGAACAAUGUAAUCAGAAUAUAUUUUCCUCUGUUCCUUUUUACGAUGCACAAGAUCGAAACUUUCCCUGAAGUAGGGGGAACUAAUCAUGCUAUUACAAUGUUCUUAACGACUUCUUUUACAAAAGGAACGAUGUGCGUUUGUCCGUUAGCAAAGAGUGUUUUGAACGGGCGGAGUUUCUUUCAGCGCUCUGAUACUCCGGAACCGCUCCGUUGUGGUGUAUCGGUUAGCUCUGUGAUACAAAACAAGCGAACUAUCAGGAAGCUUUCGCUACUGUUGUUUAUGUGCACAGACAAGUGAUCGAGCCGUAAAUGUAGCAGUUCAAGCUAACUAUCAGAUUUAAACGACAAUGACAGGAAAGGCCACAGGUUUGUAGCUGGCAGGAGGUUUUUAGUUUCGAAGACAUUUCAGAGGAAGUAGUAUUAUCUUUAAGUCGUCACAGCCUCGUUGAUUCACAGAACGGUUAGUUAGCUUAACUGACUGCAGCCGUUGCGACAUGUCAGAGUCCGGCCACAGUCAGCCCGGCAUGUACGGCCAGGUACGCAGGAGGAGGCGACGCCGGGGAGACAGAGAUCUUGGACCUCCGGGGCAAAACCUGUCCGGUCCCAGUCGAGAUCGAGAGUAUCAGCCGAGAGAACGAAGGGAUGGCAGCGAGGAUCCACCAGGCCCUCUCAUUCAAAAGACCCCCAUCAUUCUUGCCAAACCUCCAGGAGAAAGGGCUAAGCCUUCCCAGAAUGCACCUGUCAGUGGGGCUCCGGUCCUGGAUAAGCCCAUCAUGUUGAUGAAAGCCAGAGAUGAUGCAGGGAAGCCAGGGACUCCUCCAGAGGCAGCAGCUCAGUCUUCUUCUGGUCCUGGAUCCUCCAAGAUGGAGAGGGAAGGGCAGCGACCUACUCAGCCCGUAUACCAGAUUCAGAACAGAGGAAUGGGUGCUUCUGCAUCCAGUAGUGCUGUGGAUCCCAUGGUCGGCCAGUCCAAACUCCUUCCUCCAGAGAAAAUGAAGCACAGCAUCAAGCUAGUGGAUGAUCAGAUGAAUUGGUGUGACAGUGCCAUGGAGUAUUUGAGGGACCAGACGGACAUGUUGGUGGUGGGAGUCAUCGGCCUGCAGGGGACCGGGAAAUCGACAAUCAUGUCGCUGUUGUCUGCCAACACCUCUGAGGAAGAUCAAAGGAGUUAUGUAUUCAGAGCCCAGACUCAAGAAAUCAAGGAAAGAGGAGGAAACCAGAGCACAGGCAUUGAUUUCUUCAUCACACAGGAGAGAGUCAUCUUCUUGGACACACAGCCAAUGCUCAGCCCUUCUAUCCUGGACCAUCUUAUCAACAACGAUCGGAAGUUGCCUCCAGAGUACAACCUUCCUCAUACAUACGUUGAGAUGCAGUCCCUUCAGAUCGCCGCCUUCCUGUUCACAGUGUGCCAUGUAGUGAUAGUGGUCCAAGACUGGUUCACCGACCUAAACCUUUACAGGUUCCUUCAGACUGCUGAGAUGCUGAAACCGUCCACUCCGUCGGCAAGCCACGACAGCACUGGCUCUUCAGGCAGCGACGAUGGAGCCGAAUAUUAUCCUCAUAUAGUGUUCCUCCAGAAUAAGGCCAGACGAGAUGAUUUCUGUCCAAGAAAUCUGAAGAACAUGCACAUGGUGGUGGACAAGUUAAUGGCUCAUUCUCAUCUCAAAUACAAAGGUACAUUGUCCAUGCUAGACUGCAAUAUCUUCCCAGGCCUGGGGCACGACUAUCUGGCACCCGAGGUCAACAUGUUCUUGCUCCCAGUGCAGGAGAACGAUGGGGAGGAUAAUCUGACUAAAGCAGGCUCAGGCACAUACCCUCUCUUCUCCCUGCUGCCUGGCUACAGAGGACACCCUUCUUUCUCCACCAUGGUCUCAAAACUCCGCAGCCAAAUACUGGCCAUGCCCCGCUGUCAGCUGUCACACACCAUUCUCACUGAGAAGAACUGGUUUCACUACGCAGCUCGUAUCUGGGACGGGGUGAAAAAGUCCUCGGCCCUCUCCGAAUACAGCCGCCUGCUCUGCUAACACCUGGGUUCAAAAGCUGUUCUCCACAAUAUACAGCCUUCUAGAACCGGGCACAUGAAGAAAAACGUGUCUGAAAAUGGAAGCUGCGUUUGCACCCUACAGGAGGGACGAGUGAAACUGGAGUGAAAGGAUAAUAACGGCUUAUUUGAUGCAUUAAUGUGAUGUUGAAAUAUACCUGACUUAUCCAGAUCUAUAGUGCUCCAGGGCAGAAAGUUGCCUCACUGCCCUCAGGAAACGUGAUGUUUACCGACAAGGCUUCAGCAGUGAGGGUGACAAAAAAAAAAAAGGAGCCGCAGAAAUCCAGUUCUCUGCACAGGUCUAAGCAAGAUGCUCAUUUUUAUGAGCAAGCCAUUAUUCAUAGCGUGUGACUGCAGUUUUGGUGUACUGAUAGUUUUCUGAGAUGAAAAUGCAACCUUCUGUAAGUUAUUUUUUAAUAUCUUUAAAAUGUAAAUUAAAAAGAGUAAGGUAAUUGUCAUUUACUCAGAAAUUAAAGGAACCUCUAAUGAAAGA